GCCGCCCUUUACCUGUCAUCCAAUCAGAGCUCAGACUUCAGCGCGCAAUGUAAACAAACGAAGCGGCCCCUCUCCAAAAUAUCCCCGUCGCGCUCUACGUACCGCAACCGCAGCCCGGAAAUCCCAUCCACUCCUCUCUCUCGCCUGACAUCAUCAACCCUUCCUCUUCCAAACCAGGGACUCGCUGGCUCGACUUCUUCCGUCUCUUUGCUCUCCUCUCGAUCGUCAACGACAUCCACGCAUACGAGAUUGAGAAUUCCCACUCGCAAACAGUCAACAUGUCGUCGCCGCCUCGCCGUCGUUCGGCCCGGUUGGCCAGCACCAACACGCCCAAGCCCAAGGCCAAAUCCACCCUGGCUUCUGUUGCCGAACGCGAUGAUACUCCUCCUGCUCAAGAGGUCGCCGAGAGUCUAAAUGCGCUCGUCGUCCCGAAUCACGAACCUGCGACGCCCUCUUCCCACUCGAACAUUAAGGCCCCGUUGUCGGAAAUGCACCCGAGCAAGGUUCACCCCACCGCAGCACCUCCCUCCGCUACUUGGCUCGGCUUCAGAGAUAUGGACCCCUCCGACAAGAAGGCCGAUCCCCAGGCGACGCCUUCCAAGACGCCAUUCAAGUCCACGGGUGUGCCCGAGUCGCCCUUCACCUUCCGCGUCGCCCAGCCUACCGGAGACAAUGGCUUGAGCAGCGAUGCCCAGCAGAUGAUGAACGAGCUGCGCGAGGAGGCGGCCAGAAUCAAGGCGGAACUACUCGCCAAGCGCGAGCUGGAGAGAGAGGACGAAGAGAUCAACGGCCGCAGGAUCGCCAAGGCCAGGGGCAAGUCUGGCCGCUUCAGUGCUGUCCACAUGGCCGAGUUCAAGAAGAUGGACUCUAUCGAAGGGCAUCCUUCAGCCUUCCGAGCCCAGCCUGGCCGGGUCACUCCUCUCAAGAGCCUGAAGCGGACCCAGUCCAAGGCGAACCUGGACGAUACGCCUACGCAACCCAAGUCUAGCUUGAAGCGAUCGCCCUCCAAGGCUAACUUGGACGACACGCCGACGCAGCCCAAAUCUGUCCUGAAGCGGUCUCAAUCCAAGCCGAACGUCGACGAUACGCCCACUCACCCGAAGUCGAUCCUGAAGAAGCCGUCCAAGAUCAACCUGGGCAUCCCCGAUACGCCCUCGCAGCAGAAGUCUAGCCUCAAGCGCUCUCCGUCCAAGGCCAACCUGGACGAUGCGGACCCCAACAGUCCCACAAAGCCGAGUCUUGGACCUCGACCCAAGUCUCGCAUCUUUGCAAACAUUGAACCACCCUCAUCAGUCAAGCGUAUGCGACAGCGGUUCGAGGACGAUGCUACCACUGCUCGGCCAGUUUCUCGCGACGGCAGCUCUCUCCCGCGUCCCAAGUCUAGCGGAACAGAUGCGCCUACUGGCCUUCGAUCUCAGCCCAGUCUGGCCUCCCUCACGAGCCCCACUGCGUCUUCCCUGGCUCGCGCUGCUGGUUCCAAGAUGCCCUUGCCUGGUACACUCAACAAGUCAGCCAGCAAGCCUGAUCUGGGAUCGCUCGUCAAGUCGCCCUCGAAGCCCGAGCUUGGAAGUCUCAGAAGAUCGCCCUCAAAGCCUGAUCUGGGUGGCCUCACAAAGUCUACCACCACCAACAACCUUGGUGCGCUGGAGAAGACGGCCGAGCUGAAACGCCGAAUUGUGAGCCCCGGUCGCUUCGAAAGAGUCAAGUCGAUUCUUCGUGGCGGAAAGGGAGCCUUUAACCAGACGAAGAGUGCUCUUCCUAAGCCCGCUUUUAGCAUCUCCCAGACUCCUGCACCGCAGGCUUCAGAAAAGACUGUUCCCGCCGUUCCGUUCACGACUCCGCGAAGAAAGUUGUUUAAGAGAGUCGACUUCACUCCGGACACUAACCGAGCCGCCGAUGUUCCGAACACAGUUGCACACCAAGCUUUCGCGAGCAUGAGCCCUAUUCGUAAGAAUGGAGAGGUUGAGUACCCCAGCCUCGAUGCCAUGCUCGGAAACGGCAAUGUCACCCAGCGAAAGAAGGGCGAGAAUCUCUAUCCCGAACUGAGUGUUGGAAGCCCGUCUGACAAGGCGACCGAGAACGCCAGCGAGAGUAUCAAGCCUCUGCCUCCGACUGUACCUGGCACAUUCACUUUCCGCAGUGACCACACCAUCCGAUUCGGUAGCGCCUCUCCCACUGGUUUCGGUUCGACUGCUGGACAAGCCAGUGUCCGUCACGUGAGGGCCUCGCUUGACAUGCCGGGUAGCUUCCCCACAGGCCCCGAGUUCACCUCCAACAAGGAAAACAGGUCUCCCAUGCAGUUCCUGGCUGGAAAGCCCCAUGGAAUGACCAACAAGAAGCGGGCCCGCGCUCGUGAAGAGGAAGGAGACCUUGAGGUGGAAUCGGGUGAUAGAGCUGGCAAGAGACGCAAGGCCGAACAUGUGCCCGAGGGUGAUGCUCUCCUCGCCCCCAGACUGAUAGGUGCUACCCCGGGCACCAUUGGCAAGAAGCUACAGAGCCCUCGCGUUGCUCAAUCGCCGAGCCCCACGAAGAAGCGCGGCGGUAUGAGUCUGAGCCGACUCAACAUGCUGGCGAAGCCAAAGGCUCGCAACUAGGGAUGGGAACAGGAAACGCCCGAUAACUAACUUGGCUGAUUGAAGGCACACAACUACUUACACCGGUCUUGUUGGAUUUGUAUAAUAUGACGAAGAAUGCGGAUGCUUGGCAAACUGGACACGUUGCUGUCGAUUGCAUUGGAUCUUCAGCAGUGGCAGUCCAGAGGAGAGGAUUACGACUGGCGUAACAAGGAUGGCUUACGGAUGGAUCAGGCUGGACCAACGGCGGUUGCAUGGAGGGGGGCAUAUGGACUGGUCUUGGCGUUUGUGUUUUGCUUUAUUUUUGUACAAUACCUACUGGCGUUGGGAUGAGAUUGUCCUUUUUACUUUAGUUCUCGGCGGGAGGUUCUCUACCUUUGCUGAGCUUCAGGUCUAUGAAAAGUUGCACUUCCAUCACGUACCGACAUCACGUACAGAGACAUGUUCGUCUAG